AAGUAUUCCUUUUACUGCUGUUGACGGAACAGAGGCUGGAGAGCGCGCGCGCGCGCACACACACACACACACACACACACACACACACAGGGACGGACGGAGGCUGAUCAUCGGAUUCUCCGCGGUCGAACAAUCAGGAAAUGUCUGUAAGGAUGGAAAUGGAUAUCAGUGGAGUGUCUAGGGCACACAUCUCCAUUCUUCCUGCGUCUGAGAUCAAAGCUACAUUGAAACCAGAAGCUGAUAGACCUCGCUGUGCUAGCACCCCAUGUUCACCCAUCAGAGGUACUGUCGCAGGAUACCAGAUCCUCCACAUGGACUCAAACUAUCUGGUAGGCUUCACCACAGGCGAGGAGCUACUCAAGCUGGCCCACCAGUGGUCAGACGGCACUCAAGAGAAGAGCUCUGUAUCAGAGGCUGUGGCCAGCUCCAUCCAGAGCACUGUCCCUAAAUCUGUGGACUUUGGCAUCCACCGGUCUUCACGAAUCUUCAAAGGCAAAACUCGCUAUUACCAACCCUACGACAUACCUGCUGCCAACGGGCGGAGACGGAGGCGUAUGCCCAGCUCGAGUGACACCUUCCUCAGGUCCCUGGCCCACAGUGAGCCUGGGAGGAGUCUGCAUGCACCACUUCCCCUGUGUCUGCUUAAAGGGAAGAGGGCCCAAUCCAAGUCUCUGGACUACCUUAAUCUGGACAAAAUAAGUGUUGAAGAGUCAUCAGACACAGAGGUGUUACAGUACCAACUGCAACAUCUCACCCUGCGAGGGGAGCGCAUGUUUACCAGAAACAAGACAUGAAAGCACAGUGGAAGGCCUUUUUUGGGUCUUUCACCCUCUUGGGGAUUUAGGUGCUAUUUCCAGCUUAGUUUCUUUCUACUUGGAUUAGAAGCAGUUCUAUAAGAAGAGAGUCUAAUAAUCUUGUUAUAUUAUUAACUGGGGGUUUUACCUUGUACUGUACACAUAAUGUUGUGAAGAAAAUCCUUAAAUUACUCCUUACAUUGUAAUAAGGUUGUUGAGGUUAAAAUAUGUGAAUUAUAUAAAUUUAGCAAUAACUGAUUAAGCUAUUUAUUAUUGACAGUGUUGUGUGUUUGUACUGGUAUGGAGACGCACUGAAAUAUCAGCCUACAGCUGAUGAAAGCACACAUACUGUCAGCUUUAAUGCACCACUGCUAUCAAUCCAAUAAUAUCCGGAUUAUGGCACUACAUACAACUGUCAGAUUAGCAAUAUAAUACUUUUAUUAUGCUGCUAAUUUAUUGAGUCAUUGUUGUUUUGUUGCUAUCAGUAUCAAUGUCUUUUUAAACCAAACCAUUUAUCAUAAGAUGGGCAUAUGUAAAUAGCUUAGUGAUCCUCCAUUCACAAUGUGUUUAUUAAAGACACAAGUCUCAAAGUCUAUCUUAA